AUGGCCGGUGAUGAUCUUACCCCUCCUCCCCCUCCUCCACCUCCCAAAAACACCCCUCUCCACCCAGCAUUCGCCGUCAACAACAUCAAAGCACUCAUGCCCGUGACUCUCGAUCACGCGGACGCUCAAUAUGCUACGUGGGUUGAACUUUUCCAAAUCCAUGCUUGUGCCUACAAUGUUACUGAUCAUAUUGAUGCAAAGGUUAAGCGUCCAACGGAUGUUGAUGAUGCAACGUGGAAGAGAUUGGAUGCAAUUGUUAAACAAUGGAUAUAUAGCACUAUUUCCAAAGACCUUGUUAACACUAUCAUGAAACCGGGUGCUACGGCUCAAGAAUUAUGGACCCGACUCGAAGAACUGUUUCAUGAUAAUAAGCAUACUAGGGCAGUGUAUUUGGAGGAACAACUUUCCACCACAAAACUUGAACAAUUUGCUAACAUGUCGAAUUAUUGUCAACAAAUCAAAGUUCUUGCGGAUCAACUUGCUAACGUUGAUUGUCCGGUCUCCGAUCGAAAGAUGUUUAUACAACUUAUUUCGGGUCUCACCAAAGGCGAAUACGACACCGUGGCAGCCAUCAUCUCCCAAUUAAACUGA